UUCUCUCUCUAAAAUACCUCCAUCCGUGCACACCUCUUUCUGUCCUCUCUCUACGUUCCCCAUAUAUAUCCUCUCCCAAUUAGAACGGAUAUUAGGGAGUGGUAGAGAGAGAAUCUCUACGUUCCCAUAUAUAUCCUCUCCCAAUUUGAAAGGAUAUUAGGGAGUGGUAGAGAGAGAAAACAAUGUAAAAAACGUUUUCUCUCUCUAACCACAAUUCAACUGUGAGAUGAACCGACUUUCUAUUUUAUCAGGAUUCCUGGCUCUCUCAUGAUUUCGAUCUAUAAAUACCUUAUUGAGGAGUUCAUUGUGAAAACCAUAUUCCUCAUUCACCAUUACUGUUCUAUACUAACUAAGGAUUAAUUCCUCAUUCUUCUCUCUCCUUCCAAGCUUUUACAAUCCUCACUCCAGGGAUCCUUUCUCUCCAGGGUUUUAGGUUACUGCUUCUGAAUUACCCAGGAAGAAAGAAGCAACUUUCCUACUGGUUCAAGAAAAGGAGGUUAGAAGAUAGAGAGGUUUAGUCUUGAUGGCGUAUAAGAUGGUUUUAGCGGUGUUGGCCAUAUUUUUGUGCAUGGCCUCUGCUAUGAUAGUUGAGAAGCAAGGAUUUUCGCAUUCGGUAAGGAAUGAGGUAGAGGCGAGGAUGAAAUACGAGCUCUGGCUAAGGAGAUGCACAAGGGCCUACAAUAGUUUGGAGGAGAAAGAUAAGAGGUUUGAGAUAUUCAAAGACAACUGGGCUUAUGUCGACCAGCACAAUGAGAAGAGUGGCAUGACAUUCAAGCUCGGGUUGAAUCAGUUUGCGGAUCUAACAAAUGAGGAGUACCGGGCGAGGCACCUGGGCACGCGUGUAAUGAACUACACUACGGUUCACGGGGCUCCAGCUGUUUCGUAUGUGGUGGGUGUUGUGGAAAAGCUGCCAAAGAGAGUGGACUGGAGGGAGAAGGGGGCUGUCGCUCCUGUCAAGGACCAAGGAAACUGCGGGAGCUGCUGGGCUUUCUCGACUGUUGCUGCAGUUGAAGGGAUAAAUCAAAUUGUGACUGAUGAUUUGAUUUCCCUUUCGGAGCAGGAGCUCGUGGAUUGCGACACUUCUUACAAUAAUGGAUGCAAUGGGGGCCUCAUGGAUUAUGCUUUUGAGUUCAUCAUCAACAAUGGCGGAAUUCACACUGAAGAAGACUAUCCAUACAAAGCUAGAGAAGGCAUGUGUAACCGAACCAGGAAAAACAUGCAUGUCGUGACCAUCGAUGGCUAUGAGGAUGUUCCUGUGAACGACGAGAAGGCUCUGCAAAAGGCUGUGGCGCACCAACCUGUAAGUGUUGCCAUUGAUGCAGGGAGCAGGGAGUUCCAGCUCUACCACUCCGGUGUCUUCACUGGAAGGUGUGGCACCCAGCUCAACCAUGGUGUCACGGUGGUGGGAUAUGGAAAGGAGGAUGGGGUGGACUACUGGAUAGUGAAGAACUCAUGGGGGGACAAGUGGGGUGAGUCGGGAUUCAUGAAACUAGAACGGAAUGUGGAAAACUCAACCGGAAAGUGUGGGAUUGCCAUGGAGGCAUCAUACCCGGUAAAGACGAGCAAGAACCCUGCCAACCCCGAUAGGUCUCUUGUGAAACCAUACUUGACCCAUGGUGGCUCUUAUGAGGGGAAGAGCGAUUGAGUUUCAAUUACAAUAGCAUCUUAUUAAGACAUUAUUGUAAUUCUCUCUUUUUUGUUAACGUCAAUUGCUAACCAUUCAAGCCCAAGCCAGACUCACAAGGGUGGGAAGCCUUAGCAAUCUUGGAGAUGUUAGUAUAUAGCAUUGCUAGGACACCUGUUUUGGUUUUCUUUUAUGCUUUUGCUUUUGUCUUGGACUUGGAACUUUGAUGCCCAUGAUAGUCAUGAUGUAAAUGUCUAUUGGGUUAAAAGUGCUUUUAUGAAUACCAUGUUAUUUUCCUGUUAUACAAA